ACCCCAGAUCCCUAAAGUCUAAAAUCAACAUGGCGGCCGAUGUGAAAGUCAAAUUUGAAGAAGCUCAUUUCACCUCUCUUCCUUCCCAAACAAAUAUCUACGGACUGACUAGUGUAUCAGACGAACCAGAAACUYGUAAAGUUUUAGUUUCUUCAUUAAAAGGAAGAGUAUUUCUGGUCGAAUAUGGAAAUAAAUGGGACAAUCCUGUGAGUCGUGAGCUGCCCUUCACCUACAUCCCUGCAGGAGAUGCUGAGAUUGUAUCUAUAGAUUCUUUUGUACGACCAGGAAGUAAGGGUCAUGGGUUGGUGGUUGGUAUUUCUUUUAUACUCUUCAAUGUUCAUAGUUCUCAUGGUAACCAGAAAMAGUUUCUCAACAUUUACUCUUGUGUUGAGGAAGGAAAUGAAUAUUGCUUGGAUAGUAUUGCAGAAGGCUGUCAACACAUUGAACUAGAUUUUAUACCAUUCCAACUUUACCAUACAUYGAUAAGAAACGGAGAAACAGUUGAAAAUGUAUUUUUGUUGGCAGGAAGUGAUCAUAAGGUUCACAUGUACCGUGAAGUGAUGGAAGCCRACCAUCAGUCUUUUAAAGAACAGGAGAUAGAGGCUUUCUUCCCUGAACUGCAAAAUCUUCCAAGCAGUGCUAUGUGGAUGGAUAUCCAAGAAAAAUCUGAAAAMCAGAGACUGACAGCAGUGGGAUGUCAAAAUGGGUUUGUUCAGCUGUCUGUUGUUGAUAUUCAAGAACAACCAAGCAUAACAAGCCAAUGGACAGUCCAGCAUGAUGGACCCAUUUCUUCAUUGAGRCUUUUCACAAUCCCAACAACAAGAACAAACACACUGUCAGAUGCAUCAUCUACUGAUUUGCAUGAAGAAAAGUAUUACUUAUUAGUAUGCUGCACGAUAGAACCAUGUUCUUUAUAUGUCGAUGUUUUAAGUCAGGGUUUUAAGCGAUUGGUUACUCUGCCAGAUUCAGACAAGUUUGAUUGUGUGCUGUGUACCUGUAUAGCAGAUGUUGAUUGGGAUGGCAAUAAUGAAAUCCUACUUGGCACAUAUGGACAGGAGUUAUUGGUCUACAAAUUAACCAGUCGUUCUGAGAAUGAUUCCUCACUUGACAUGACCACUACAUGGCAGAGGAGUUUCUCCAGUCCCUUGUUUGCUAUUGACUAUCUUGAUAUGACUGGUGAUGGUGUACGUGAAAUAGUUGUAGCCUGUCUAUCUGGAUUACAUAUAUUACAGCAUCAGCUUGAUGAUGUAGCUAAAGUCUGUACAACAAGAAUAUGAAUGAAUAGGGAAUGCUUCACAAUAAUUAUGCAAUAAUAAAAUAUCUGUAACUAAGGAAUAUGAAAUGUGCACAUGUCUCUCUAAGUCUGUCAUAUAAACAUGAUGGGAGCUGUAGAGCAUGACAGAAGCAAGCUUAGGAACAUGAGGCUUUGCUUUCUAAUAUUAUUAUUGAGCGAUUUUGUACAAGCGUGUCUCUGCCCUCUGAUAUAAAUACAGUAGCCAGCCAUAAGUGCAAGUGUUUUAUCUCGAAUAUUUUAUAAAAUGCUGUUCUCUAGUCAAGAGAACACUUGUGAUGGCUUGAUCUUUUUCAUAUUUUCAUGUGGAAAGGCCCCGGUAGUGUCAAGAUUAGCCAAUUUGUAAAUAAUGUAAUUAUUUGAUGCCUCAUGCUUUUAAACCUGAAAAAAUA